CUGAACGCAGGCUGGAAUUUUCCUCUUCCUGAAAAUGCGGAAGGUGUGAGUAGAAGGCAAGAUCAGAGAGGAACACAGACACAGAGCGUUACUAAGGCGUAUUCUUUCUCUCUCUUUUUGGCAAUGCAUGGACUUUCACUUUACACAGGACUUCUACUAUGAUCUACGAAAUAUUAUUAAACUAACAUGGUUUGCUUAUAGUGAGCAUAGGCGCCUCACUCUAAAGUUACGCUUCUUGUGGACUAUUUGCGGGAAAAGGAUCAUAUUCAUAUAGACUCGUUUUGUAGGCUACAGUAUAGGCUUUGCGCCAAGAUGUGGUGGACUCCUUUGAUUGGAAACUUUGCUAUUCAGGUGGCUGCUGCAGGAACACCAGUCCUGUUCCAGUUCCCCUUUCUGGGCCCUUCUCCCAUGCAGGAGACCCACAUGGGCUAAGAAGGUCUGGGCCGGGACCACAGCAACAGCCUGACCAGUCAUUUCCUGCUACUCACAGGUCCGGAGACUGCAGAGAGCCAAGAUGCACGGCUGCCGGAAGAAAACCAGGGUGCUGUGUGUAAUGAUGAUGCUCAACGUCUUCGUCUUCAUCCUCGUGGGCGUGUCUCGGAACCUGGGCCAGGACAAGGGGGACCAGCGGAAGCUGCGCAUUCCCUCCAAGAGGUUCUGGAGGAAGCAGAUGACCAGCGAGAUCUUUUGGAAUAAGGAGCAGCAGAGGCUGGACUACAUCUACAACCCCAUCCUCAUGUCGGGUUUGACCAAUGACUCCCUCCUGGAGCUACCUGAUUGGCUCAACGACACCAGGUCCCUGGACCCCUGCCAACCGGACUACAGCGUCACCACGCAGGUGAAGGACUACAACUCCCUGCCACCCCGCUUCCAGGACUUCCUGCUGCACAUGCGCUGCCGCUCGUAUCCGAUGAUCAUGGACCAGCCACGCGUGUGCGAGAGCAAACCCUACCUCCUGUUGGCUGUCAAGUCCCUGGCGCCUCACUUCGACCGGCGGCAGGCCAUCCGGGAGUCGUGGGGGCGGGUGGGCGUUCUGGCCAAUCGGACUGUAGCCACGGUCUUCCUCCUUGGCAAUGCCUCGGCAGUUGACCACUUCCCCAACCUGUUUGGGAUGCUCAGUCACGAGGCCAGACUUUAUGGGGACCUCCUCCAGUGGGACUACCGAGACUCCUUCUUCAACCUCACCCUCAAAGAGGUGCUAUUCUUGGACUGGUUCAGCCAGCGUUGCCCCGACGCCCGCUUUGUCUUCAAAGGGGAUGAUGACGUCUUCGUCAACACCUGGAGGAUCUUAGACUUCCUCCACAAUCUUCCAGAGAUCAGGGCCAGGGAUCUGUUCAUAGGGGACGUAAUCACCAACGCCGGCCCGCACCGGGACAAGAAGCUCAAGUACUUCAUCCCAGAGAGUGUAUUUAUGGGGCCAUACCCGCCUUACGCCGGGGGAGGAGGGUUCCUGUACUCUGGGGAACUGGCACUGCAGUUGCACAACAUCUCCCAGCAGGUGGCGCUGUAUCCUAUUGAUGAUGUCUACACAGGGAUGUGUCUCCAGAAGCUGGGCUUGGUCCCAGAGAAGCACAAGGGCUUCAGGACGUUUGACAUUGACGAGAAAUACAGGGGCAACCCGUGCGCGUAUAAGAGCUUAAUGCUCGUGCACAGCAGGACGCCGCAGGAGAUGAUCAAAAUCUGGGCCUGGCUCAGCGAUCCGGAAUUGGACUGUCAGUGAGACAUAUACAUCAUCCCAUAUUACAAUCUAUUCCCUACACAGGGCACUAUUUUUGACCAGAGACCUAUGCACCCUGGUCAAAAGUAGUGUACUAUAUAGGGAAUAGGGGUGCCAUUUGGCAGGCAUCCAAUGGGUCUUUGAGAAAUUUGAUGUGUUCUAAGCGAAAUCCUCUAGGUUCGGUAGGAAUGUUGCAUUCACGUGCUAGUCUGACUUGCUAACUAGUUGUAGUUAUCACGUGCCGCGUUCAAGCAGUUAACAAGUCGAGCAUUUUUGAGUUUCCUAGUUCCGACAAGCACGUCACAAGUCAGUGUGUUCCAGCUUCAAUAGAAUCAGCUGAUAUAUCCCAAGCAUUCCAAAGUAUUUUUUACAUGAACAACCAUUCAUGUACACUUUCCAAGACAGUGUUUGUCAAAUGUAGUAUCAAUUAAUAUAAAUGUACUACUACUGUAUGUACUAUACAGGCACUACUGCAUGCGAGGUCCUUCAUUUGCAAGAAAUGUAAUUUGUCACAAUAACAGUCAUGAAAAUCACCUAUGAUUU